CGGCUUUUCCCCUCUCCCUGUAGUUGAUAGUUUGGGAAGCAGAGGUGAUGCUGGAGUUGAGAUGGCAGACAGCGUGAAAACCUUCCUUCAUGACCUUGUCAGGGGAAUCAAGGACUCCAUCUGGGGCAUCUGCACCAUCUCCAAGCUGGAUGCCCGGAUCCAGCAGAAGAGGGAAGAGCAGAGGCGAAGGAGAGCGAACAGCGCGCUGGCCCAGCGGAGGUUUCACAUGGAAGAGAAGAAGCAAGAGAACGAACCACGGAUCGUGAGCAGGAUCUUUCAGUGCUGUGCCUGGAACGGAGGUGUCUUCUGGCUUAGUCUCUUCCUGUUUUACCGAGUGUUCAUCCCAGUGCUCCAGUCGGUCACAGCACAGAUUAUUGGUGACCCCUCCCUGCACGGCGACGUCUGGUCCUGGCUGGAGUUCAUCCUCACCUCCAUCUUCAGUGCCCUCUGGGUCCUUCCCCUCUUUGUGCUCAGCAAGGUUGUCAAUGCCAUCUGGUUUCAGGACAUUGCAGACCUGGCGUUCGAGGUGUCAGGCAGGAAGCCACAUCCCUUCCCCAGCGUCAGCAAGAUCAUCGCCGACAUGCUCUUCAACCUGCUGCUGCAGGCUCUCUUCCUCAUCCAGGGAAUGAUCGUCAGCCUCUUCCCCAUCGACCUGGUGGGGCAGCUGGUGAGCCUGCUGCACAUGUCGCUGCUCUACUCGCUCUACUGCUUCGAGUACCGCUGGUUCAACAAAGGAAUUGAGAUGCACCAGCGGCUCUCCAACAUCGAGAGGAACUGGCCCUACUACUUCGGCUUCGGCCUGCCACUGGCCUUCCUCACCGCCAUGCAGUCCUCCUACAUCAUCAGCGGUUGUCUCUUUUCCAUCCUUUUCCCUCUCUUCAUCAUCAGCGCCAACGAAGCAAGGACCCCUGGCAAGACCUACCAUUUCCAGCUCCGGCUCUUCUCCCUGGUGGUUUUCCUCAGCAACCGGCUCUUCCACAAGACCGUUUAUCUGCAAUCCGCCCUCGGCGGCUCUUCCUCCUCCUCCCCGCCUCCGGCCGAGCGCCUCCUCUCCCCGCAGCCCUCCCCUGCCAAACACACGGCAGCAGCUACUCCGGGCCAUUGAGCCCCUGCCCAGCCCCGGGGAGAGGCGAC